AUGAAAGAAAGUAAUUUGUUAGUCAUUAUUUCCGGAGUUAGUGGGGUCGGAAAAAGCGAAGUAAUGAAAAGGUUAUUAACUUACUCCGAAUUAAAUAGUCAAAAAUUAAUUACUACCACUACUCGCUCGCCAAGAUCCGGAGAAAAAGACGGUCAGGACUAUUAUUUUAUUAGUCGAGAAGAAUUUCGGGAAGGUAUUGUUAAUAAUCAGUUUUUAGAGCAUGUUGAGUACAAUAACAAUUACUAUGGAACCUCGUUAAAUAGUUUAAAAAAAGCCAAUUUACGAAAGCGGGGCGAAAGAGAAGCAGAGAUAAAGAAGCGAUUAACUAUUGCGGAAAGUGAGAUACCUUUUGCCCAGGAAUAUGACUUUAUUCUUACAGUUAACGAUAAUUUAGACCAAGUAGCCGCAGAAAUUAAAAAAAAAAUUCUUGGUUUAGUUUAA